GGAUUGUGGAAUUGUAGAGCAAGAAGGAACCAACUCCAGAGUUCGUUUGGUCUGGUUAUUUUCCGGAACUGCUCCGCGAAGCCCUAGGAGUUUCUGGGAACUCCAUCCUCUGUUUCAACCAGAAAAGCUCUUAGUUUUAUUUGCUUUACAGCCAGGGCUUCUAAUCUAGUCUAGUUCUCUCAUCUUACAAAUGGGAUACUGGCGCCCAGAGGUGACUUGACAAAGGUAGUAGGGCAGGUUAUGGGGAGGAACUCUGAAACCCAUAUUUUCUAGCACCAUCAGUGGUCCCAGGCAUUGUGAUAGAAACUUGAGAAGAGAGAAGAGUUUGAAGCAAAGAGCAUUCUUCUCUUGUCAUUUUGAUUCCUUUGCAAGUACUCUGUUGGCUAUAAACUAAUAACACAGAACAUAAUAUAUUUUCAAGUGUGUAUGUUCUAUAUUCACCUAAAAUUAGCUCUCUAAAGCUAAGGUCUGUGUUUUAUUUUUCUCUCUUUAUUUUCCAUGUAUGAAUUUCUGCCUCCAGAACUCAUUCAUCUUCAUCAAGCACUUACUGAGGGCCUGUCAAGUGCUUACACAGGGGUUCCAUGACUGAUCAAGUCUUGGUCCUUGCCUUUGGAAGAAAGCUGGCGGGAGAGAGGGAGAGACAGAAUAUAGAUGGAGAAUUUGCAACAUAAUGGGAUAAGUCCAGAGAGCUGUGUGAACACAAAGGAGGAAGCAAUGAACUUGAGUCUGAAGUUGCUGGCUUCUAUUAGAGCACUCUUCUGCUUGGCUUCAUUUGAAGCCUUCAGAAAGUACUCACUCAUACAUGUUAUCGACAACUAAAGUUGUCUUCCAGAAAACAAAUACUGUUGUGGGACGAGGUACAAUGACAUGUUUUCUUCUCAAAACAGAGGAGAAAGGAAUUUCUAAAGUAAAGACUAUGCUAUUCAUUUUUAUUUUAUCUUUGAAUAAAGCCACCCAAUGUGUCAGUUCUUUUCUCUGGUUGCCCUGUCCUCAGAUUACUUUCUAUGAAGACAAAAAUUUCCAAGGCCGCCACUAUGAAUGUGACUGCGACUGUGCUGAUUUCCACACGUACCUGAAUCGCUGCAACUCCAUUAGAGUGGAAGGAGGCACCUGGGCUGUGUACGAAAGGCCCAACUUUUCGGGGCACGUGUACAUCUUACCUCGGGGCGAGUACCCGGAGUACCAGCGUUGGAUGGGCCUCAAUGACCGCCUGAGCUCCUGCAGAGCUAUCCACCUGCCUAGUGGAGCCCAUUAUAAGCUUCAGAUCUUUGAGAAAGGGGAUUUCACCGGCCAGAUGUACGAAACCACUCAAGACUGCCCUUCCACCAUGGAGCAGUUUCACAUGCGAGAGAUCCACUCCUGUAAGGUGCUGGAGGGUGUCUGGAUUUUCUAUGAGCUGCCCAAUUACCGUGGCAGGCAGUACCUCCUGGACAAGACAGAGUACCGGAAGCCCAUCGACUGGGGCGCAGCAUCCCCAGCCAUUCAGUCUUUCCGCCGCAUUGUGGAGUGAUGAUGCGGAAGGAGCCACAUGCUUCUUCGUGGGGGCCAAAUGCUGGCUGACCUUGUGGUCCAAAUAGGCAUCGUAAAUAAAACAAUGGGCUUUUGCAUUCCA